AAACCACAACCGGACAUGCCGGGCCCCGGAACAGGAGAGAAGCGAAAGCGAAAGCACCACCUGUCGUCCAACCACCCAAAAGCAUGCGAAGAAGAAUCGGCUCGGCCCCAGAAAGCACAGGCCCAAGCGGCCGGGAGCCGUCGGAUGUCACGCAAACUGCCGAGCGGUCGUCGGUCGAGCAGGACACAGGACUGCAGGAGAGUUGGUGCCUUGGUGGUGCACACGUCAUGCAGUACAGCGCCAGGGCCAGGGAGCCACCAGCCCAGCAUCACUCUGGCCUCAUCCUCCAUUCCUCCUCGCGGCUCACAGAAACCUCAAAACCCAACCAGGCCGGCGUCCACAGAAAGAGGAGAGCAGAGAGAGUGGGAGAUCAUGGAGCUCUGCGUCUCUACCACCACCGCCUCCGUCCGCGCCACCACCGCCGCGCCCAUAUCCUUCGCCCCGCCCCGCCGUGGCGGCGCGUCUGCUUCCACCGCCCUUCCGGUCCACCACCGCCGCAUCCCAACUCGAGGCUGGCGUUGCGCCGCCAGUGCGGCCGUGCCUGACCCGGUGCCCUCCGAAGAGCCCGCCUCCGCCUCCUACACCGUCGUCGUCACGGACAAGCCCGACACUCCUGCCGACGACAAGGUCGAGGAAGUUAGCGCCGCGCCUAGUGGCUCCGCGGAGGCGCCUGUAGCAGAGCUGGUGUCGUCGGAGGCGUCCCCGUCCCCGGAUGGCGGCGGUCUGGAUGAGAUACUAAGCAAGUUGAACAUUGAAGUGACUCCGACUUUAAUCCUCACUGGAUCUGCUGCCUUUGUUGCUUUAUGGAUCCUAUCUUCUGUUGUUGCUGCAAUUGAUUCAGUCCCCCUGCUCCCAAAAUUGCUGGAAUUAGUAGGAACUGGUUACUCAAUUUGGUUCAUCGCACGAUAUCUCCUUUUCAAGGAAAGCAGAGAUGACCUGUUUGCAAAGUUCGAAGAUCUCAUACAGAGGAUUGUUUGAUCUGUCGUCGAUCUUUUGCCACGUGUUUAGGCUUUACAGCCAGCUUAUUAUUAGGUUUUCUCCCUUUAUAUUUUCAAAUAUUACUGAAGGGGUAAAGAAGGUCGUGUAAAUUUUCUCCUCAUGGGGUCUGUUAUCAGACUUCUCAAGUUUGGCUAGUGUGCUUCUUCAGGUCACUAUGGAUGUUUUUUUACUCAAUCCUAUGUGUAUACUGUCAAGUAAAGCUUUAAAAAAAGAUGAAUACGAUCAGUAUGUUCUCACUCC